CGGCUAAUUUUCGUUGUUAUGAAAUGCAAAUAGAGAGGUGUGGCUUUCGCGAAAUGGGGAAAUUGGAGUGACAGUUGAAGGGUUAAAGCUUAGGCCGCUGUGGCUCAAUCCUGUCUUUAUUUCCUCUAAUGUUCACAGAAAAUUUGGAGAAAAAAACGGAUGCAGGGAUUCUUUAGUAAUACGCGGUACAGUCGUUUAUUUAGUGCUGCUAGUUUACUGUGAAAUGCACAUAAAACAUGAGAAUGAAAUGAAAUAUAGUGAAUCAAACUCAUCAGUAGCUUGUGUUCACAGUGAACUCUAAGGAAAAGCGUGUCUUGUUAUGGAUAUGAAAACGCAGUAAUUAUAACCGGACAUACUGUAUAAUGUUUGAAACAUUGACGUGGCUGUAGGCGGCGCGCACGCACGCACAGCUGUCAACAUCACCUGACGCCAUGACGUCACACAUCACCCAAAAUGGCGGAACAACAACAACAACACACAGAAGGACAGGCCGAUGAAGACGAGGCUUACGAGAUGGUGGAUCUGACCACAUACGCACGGAGUCACCAGUGGUGGAGCGCCGUGUUUGGGAACAACUCCGGGCCGAUCGUGGAGAAAUACUCGGUGGCCACUCAGAUUAUGAUGGGCGGAGUCACAGGCUGGUGUGCGGGAUACCUGUUUCAGCGGGUGGGAAAGAUCGCCGCUACGGCCGUCGGAGGAGGAUUUCUGUUGUUACAGAUAGCCAAUCACAGCGGCUACGUCCAAGUUGACUGGAAGAAAGUGGAGAAAGAUGUUAACAAAGCAAAGAGACGCCUGAAGAAGAAAGCCAAUAAAGCCGCACCUGAGAUCAACACGUUUAUUGAGGAGGCUUCUGAAUUUGUGAAGAAAAACAUUGUCGUUUCAAGUGGAUUUGUCGGUGGCUUCUUGCUUGGCCUCGCCUCUUGAGUUGAAACACGUUUCCUGUGAUGCUGUGAAGAGUGCCGUCCCAUCAUGCACCUCAUGUUAGGCUGGUGCUAAACCUGCCGGGCCGCUGUUCGCUCUCUUAACCAGUCAGUACUCGGUGGCUUCUUCGCUCACUUAGUAUGUGUGAGUUUGAUGAUAUGGAGGUGAAAGUGAGCUUAUUCUUUGCUGUUUAUUUUGCUGAAAAUGACUGUUCUCAGCUAAUUCUUGUACAGGUUUAGUCAUUUUGUUCUUGAAGUUACUGUUGCAUUUUCAUGGCCUUUGUUUGUUAAUUUAUGUUUCUUUAUGGGGACUGUUUACAUUGUAAAUAAAAACGACUCCUGAUUCAA